AUGCAGAACGACGCCGGCGAGUUCGUGGACCUACAAGUGCAGCGGAAAUGCUCCGCGAGCAACCGCAUCAUUGGUGCCAAGGACCGUGCAUCUAUCCAGUUGAAUGUGGCCAAGGUUGACAAGGUCACAGGCCGGUUAAAUGGCCAGUAUAAAACCUAUGCUAUCUGCUGGGCCAUUCGCUGGAUGGGCGAGUCAGAUGAUUCUGUUCUCUGGUUGGCUAAAGCUGAUGGAAUUAUCUCAAAGAACUUUUGA